UUUUGCCGGAUUUAUAAUCAUGUUUUUCCCACUCGUUCGCUAAACCUGUUAACAUCUUCAUAGUAUGAUAAGCAGUCUAGUGUAACGGCGGUUGAAAAAACAUCAUGUUACUUUAUAUCAUUUUUAUCAUCGGCACGUACAUUCUAAACAAAGAGGUCGAGGCUGCUAGAAAAUAUGAUUAUACGGGAUGUUUCGAUAUUACCGAUAAAUCAAAAAUAUUGUAUCAAAAUGCGAAAAAAGACGAAAAAUUAUCGCCCCGAAGCUGCGUGGAUUUUUGUUACGAAAGACAGUUAGCUUAUGCAGGAUUAUAUAAAAACGAAUGUCGUUGUGGUCAAAAUCAACCGUCUGAUUUGAUCAGAAGGAGCUACAGGGAUUGCGAUUAUCCCUGCCCAGGAGAUAAGACUUUCAGAUGCGGGGGAGAACUGAAAACCUCGAUUUACGAGACUGGCAUAGCUGAAAUCUACUAUUCUCAACAAACGAGGGGGAGAGUUCGAAAAAGUCCGUAUUACGAUAAUCAAUGGUGGGAUUGUUUUGUGAACGGUGUGACGAAGCUAGUUCAAAAUAUUUUACGCGACAUUGACGGCAACUACCGCAGACCUGUUGCUAGUGCUAACAGGAUACACCACGUACAACACGUGGAAAAGCCUGUGUAUCAUAUAGAAAGGCCAGUGUAUCACGUGCAAAAUCCUGUAUAUCACGUGGAAAAGCCUGCACAACACGUAGAACGGCCUCCACAACACGUGGAAAGGCCUACACAACACGUGGAAAUUCCUGUGCAACACGUGGAAAGGCCUGCACAACACGUGGAAAUUCCUGUACAACACGUAGAAAAGCCUGUGCAACACGCGGAGAAGGAGAUUGUGCAAAAUAGACUACAAACCAAAAAUACUACAAAAGGUGAGGAUGCCAUUCCAUCCAAAGUCUAUCUCGGUUGUUACCCGGAUAAUGACCCCAAGCAUAAAAUAUUACCUCAUUUACUGGACGAGUCCGAGUACGCUGCAGUAACCUUUUGUCAAAAAAUCUGCUACAGAGAAGGCUUCAGAUACUUUGGAUUAUCCGAUAAUCGAAAAUGCUGGUGUGGUGAUUCAGCACCAUUUCCUGAUAAAGCAGUCUCUGAAGACAAUUGUCGACUGAUAUGCGACGGCUACGGAGGAGACUACUGCGGAGGGAAAUCAAUGUUAAGUUUAUACGCUACCGGAAUCCUUGAUAUCCCCGAAUAUGGCAGACAUAUCGGAUGCUACAAUAAUGUGAAUUUCAAGGAUAUAAAAACCGAUCUCACGAUGCAGCUGAGCAAAUCCAACUCGAACGGACGCUGCAUGAAUUUAUGCGAUCAGAAAGGAUUUAAAUACGCGGGAACUCAGAGAGGAUCACAAUGCUUUUGCAUGAAUAAACCACCAUCGGCCACUUUCCGCGGAGACGAUAGUAAAUGUGAUGAUGCUCCAUGUUCUGGAGAACCUACUAGUACUUGUGGAAGUAAUGAUGGGAUGAAAAUAUUCCGAACUAGACGCACAGAUGAAAUACAGCCCGUGGUUGUUCGUUAUCUGGGUUGUUUCUCCGAUCAAAAAGUUUUUCCUACCAUGGAGGGUACUAAAGUAACUGUUGAAAAGAAAUUAACUUCAUCUUAUUGCAUCGAAACGUGUAGAUUGAAAGGUUACGCUUUCUCUGGAGUUGAAUCUGGAACGGAUUGUUACUGCAGUCAUGCUUUCCCUUCGAUACACAUGAAAGUCAGAGAUGAAGAAUGUAAUAUUCCUUGCAGUGGUAAUCGUACUGAAUAUUGCGGAGGACAAUUUAAAAUUGGCGUGUACGAUAAUGGAAUGCCUCAUCCGCAUGCUUUUGUUCAUUAUUCUUAUACGGGUUGCUAUAAAGAUGAUGAAAUAGGAGUCAAGUUGAUGGAAGGAACGAUGGAAGAUAUGGCCAAUUUAACACCGUCUGUUUGUCACAAGCAUUGCUUACAAGCAGGUUUCUUGUACUUUGGAUUAACUAUGCUCAGUGACAGCAGUGAAAGAUGCUUGUGUAGCGAUCAAGAACCUCAAGAGCAACUUCACACGAGCGAUAGCGAUUGCCAAAAGAAAUGUAGCGGAGAUCCUACAAAAAUGUGCGGAAAUGAUUGGAGAGUUGCUGUAUACAGAACUGGACUUUCAGAUAAUGAACACGUUUACGAAGGAUGUUAUCAAAACGAUGGCAAUUUAUUGAUCGACAAACAGUACUCGUUGACUAAAUCAAUUACUCCGAAAAGAUGUCAGAGGUUUUGCGAUCUAUUAGGAUACAAGUAUUCUGGAGUUGAAGAAGGAAAAACUUGUCGAUGCGGAACCGAGUUCCCAAGCCAUGUGACACGUAAAAGUCAAAGCGAUUGCCAUAUCAGAUGUCUUGGUGAUUUUGCAGAGACUUGCGGUGGUCAUAGAAAACACGUUCAAGUCUAUCGAGUCACAAGUCAACCAGGUGAAAAUGCGGAACAAUCAAGUGAACCAAUAUUUUACGAUAAUUUCGAAAAAAUGGACACUUCUGUUUGGGGCUAUAGCAUCAAAGUGGCCAGCGAUCCGGAUUACGAAUUCGUCUCUUACGAAAGAUGCCAUCAUGUCGUUGCCAUCGCUGACAAUGCAGAUAUACUGCACCUCAAACCAAAAAUACAACCUUACGAAUACUCAGAUACAUCGUUCGGAACACAAUCCUGUACGAGAAUAAAAAAUGGAGUCGACUGCAGCAAGAAACCAGAGAAUAAUUAUAUUUUACCACCUUUGCAAGCUGGACAAAUCCAUACCAAAAACAGCUUCUCAUUCAAGUAUGGAAAAGUCGAAGUGCAGGCCAAGAUGCCAAUGGGCGAUUGGAUAGUUCCUCAAAUUUGGCUCAUGCCAACCAAAAACGAAUACGGAAAGAAUUACCUAUCGGGUCAAAUUCGUAUCGCUAUGGCUCGAGGUAACGAGAAAUUCGAGUGCUCUAACGUCAAUCAUGGUUAUCAACGGGUUGAAAUGGGAGUCUACAUAGGUCCUGAUUACGACGUGAAACAGAAAAUAUUCUACAAGACUGUACCCGAAGGUUGGGCCGAUAAAUUUCACAAUUACACCACUAUCUGGCUUCCUGAUAAAAUAUCUUUCCUAAUUGACGACGAGGAAAUAGGAACAAUACAACCAGGAUCAGGGCAAACGAUACGUCAAAUUUUAGGUACACCUCAAGAUAUCGAAUACGUUUACAGAAACUCAGCUAACAAAAUGGCUCCUUUCGAUAAAGAGUUUCACCUUUCCUUGGGACUUCACGUUGGUGGUAUUAGAGAUUUCCCUGAUAAUUGUAUUUCAACUCCAAAAAAACCAUGGUCCAAUUCUUCUCCACAAUCCAUGCUGGAUUUCUGGAAAGAUAACAAACAAUGGUUCAAAACAUGGAAAGGUACAAACGCAGCAUUACAAAUUGAGCAAAUCAAAGUGUGGGCACUGUAAACCAACAUUAUUCGUAGCAAAAAAAUGUGAAAUGUGCAAACAAGACCUAAGAAUGCAUUUGUUAACAUUCAGACAGCCGGUAUCAGUAAAUCUUAAAAUAAUGUAGAAACUCAGACUGUGAUUUUAUAAUAUCUUUUUUACUUUAUUUCCUAGAAAAAAUAAUCUAUCGAAUUUAUGAAAUUUAUGUUGCUUUUUUAGUCCUUUUUUUUACUGCUCCAUACAAUAUCAAUAAAAACGAUUAUAAAAAUUA